UUGCAUCUCCAUCGACUCUCUCGGUUAGCAGACCCAGGUUUCCAUUUGACGCCCGUCUCCAGCCCUCCCCGUCACACCUCCAAGAUGAAGUCCAAGCUCGCUUGUCUCGUCGCCCUCAUUGCUGCCUCUGCUAUCCAGGCUCAAACAGUCACCGGUGCUCAAAUGUGCGCCAAUAUCGGCUUGUGCAUCAAAGAUACCAACGGCAACUACUGCUACGAUGAUGUCAUGAGCGAUCUCAAGAUCGUGCAAAACGCCGCGGAUAUCCCCACCAUCCAGAAGUAUCUCUGCACCGAGUGCCUUCGCGACAUCGUGUUGUGGGUCGAGGCCAAUCCCAGAGCUCCUGCCAGCACGAUUGCCCAGUUCCAGAACUUAACUCGGCAGGUUGAUCAGGUCUGCGGCUCCGACUUUCUGCCUCUCUUCCCUCCCCCUGCCUCCGAUUCACCUACUCCUCCUGUCGUUAUGGGCGCAUAAGUAUGGGGGGAAGGCAGCGGCCGGAUAACUUCUCGUUCAUUUGUUUCGUCCACGCAAUAUUUGAUGAGUUCGGACUGGUUGCGCCAUAUUCGUA